GAAGGAAAUUAGCUGAGCGAAACCACUUGACACAUCAGAGCAGAUCUCUCAGUUGACACUUGCUGCUCCUGUGCAGUCAAAUUUGAAAAGAAAACUUGGCUGCUUCAGAUAUAUUUGAGAAGAAAGCCUUUUAAAAUGGGAGCAUCUUCUUCUGGCAUGCUGGAUGAGGCCAAAAUAAGCCACAUUAAAGGGCUGGUUGAUGCAGCGUUUAAAAGCUUCAGUGGAUUUUAUCGCCAGCAGUAUGCUGUGGCUUACCUUGGACACUUACACCAGGAGAUGGAGCCCAAGAAAGAAGGGAGGGGCUUAUUGCUGAAGACCCGGCCUCACUGUGAUCCAGAGGAGGUGCUGUACCAAGGGAGUGUGAGGUUCUCCUGCUGGGAUGAGCAGGGUAAGAAGUGGAAAGAGAGGUACAUUCUCCUGAGAAGAAUCUACAAAGUGGAAAUACACGACAGUGUAGAGGUUUUCAAACGUGGUUCCCCACCGAAGGAGGUCAUUCAGCCAGCCGGGGCUCGGGUGUUCACCACAGAGGAGGAGUCAAGGGCUCAGUUGGAAAAGACCUGCGCUGGAAUACUGAAUGGAGCAAAGGAGGAUUCAUCUUCAGUGGUGUCAUCUCCAGAUACGUUUGCAGUGUACCUCCAUCUGCCUUAUAAAGGCUACACCUGCUUCCUGUUUCAACAAGAAGGGGAACGAGAUCACUUCCUUUCUGUCCUCAAGACCUGCAUCCGACACCAAAACCUUGACUCCUGGCACAGGACAUCACAUGAGGGUCAGGCCUUUGCGCGAGCCUUCCGUCUUUACCAACAGGACAAAGGAUGCUAUGAAUCCUGGGAAAAGCUUUUGGGCACCGAAGAACAAGUGCUCGCUUCACUGGUGAUGGAGGAGGUGUUGCCAUGGUUACAGAGUCAAUUAAAUUCCAAAUUGAAAGGGAAGAAGAUUGAGAGGAUUCGACAGUGGUUGGCAACAGUCCAGGCAGCCUACAUGCUGGUGCUGGAUCAGUUGACUGCAGGUCUGGAGGUUCUGAGGAAGGAGUGUCAGGAGACAGCUUCAGCCAGUCAGACUCUGAUCAGAUCUAACCUGGACCAGAUCAUGUCUUCUCGUAGCUUCCUGGAGGAAAAAGUUAAAGCAUGCAUACUUGAAGAGGCUGAGAAAGUGUGCAGCGAGUCUGUAGCUCCGUUUUUGUCCUCCAUCCUUGAGGCGCUUUCAGAGAAUAUAGGUUCAGGGAUUCUUGGGAUGCAGGACACACUGCACACACAGAUGGAUUCCAACUUUUCACUUACAAAUGGAGGGACGGAGGAGACAAAGCAAAUAUCUUCCAGUUUGCACUCCAUCAGUUUGGAGCAAAGCUACAGGAAGGUGGAGAGCCUGGCAGAGAAACUUGAAGACUUAAAAGGUCGCUUUGGAUUGAGCAGUGCUCAGAGACUGGUACAUUCUGCACACCUGGAGAUGGAGCAGCUGCUGGACAGUGCUGUGUACACCUUGGAACAAUUCUUGCAGUCAUCAACAAGGCUGCAAGCCACUCUCGUUCCUGUGAAGAUGGAUCGUGCUAAAGAGAGAGUAUUCAAGCAGCUGGAUUAUGACAGCCGAGUGGUCCAGAGGAGGCUCUAUGAAGAAGCUCUGCUGGAGAUCACUCUUCCUGCUCUCACCAGGAGGAUGGACAGCAGCUGGAAAACUGAGCUCCAGCAGUUCGAGCAGUACAUCUUCUCCGACUACAGCAGCUUUAUUGUGGUUCAAAACAUCUAUGAUGAUGUUCUGAGAAACCUUCUCUCCAAAGAGACAGAGACAGUGGUCCAAGAGGCUGCAAGUAAGAAGAGCAACAAUCUGCUCCUGGACACUUCAGAUUUGGCCAUCAGUCAGUACAGUCUGCUGGGACAGACUGUAUUUGACAGCCCCACUAUGGACACUCGGGAUUCCAUCUCAUCUGAGCUGGGAGGUGAUCAGAAACAAACUCCAAUGGAAGGUGGAGUUGAAUCGGCUGUUGUUUGCUCUCAGAGUGGUGCAGACCUUGAGGUCAACACCAAAUCAGAGUCCAGCACAUGUCCGUUACCAGAGCAGAGUGCGGUACAGUCUCCUCUGAUUGUCGUGACACAACAGUGGGAUGAUGGUGGAAGUGAGGAUGUUUCUGGCAAGAUUGAAAGUGAAACGAUUCCAGCGAUAGACGAGACUUCCACGUGUGAUGGACCUGUCACAUGUGACACACAGGAUCCACCAGCUGAUCUGGGAUCCAACAUCUCAGAGUCGGCAUACACGUCUGCUCUGGACUCUCCUCAGCCAACAGACGUUCAGGCUGGAUCUUCUCAAAGUGAGCUUCCAGAAAUGCCUGAAGAUCCUGCAACACCUGAACUCCUAAAUUCCGAUCAAGUAUCCGAGGAGGCCUCUGCCAUCCAACCUCCUUCCCCAUCACACACAUCUGGAACAGACAGUCCAACAAAAGUUAGUCUCGGGUCACUAAGUGAAGCCAUUGCUCCGUCCUCCAUAGAAUCUGAGAUUCAGCAGGUCCAGCAGACCACUGACAGAGCUGUUUAUUUAACAGGACAAAUAAAAGAUAACUGGGAAUUGGAGAAAGAAAAAGAGGAGAAACAAAAAGGUGAAGAAGAGAAAGAAGUGAAUGAAACAGUCAUAGAGAGGAAAGAGGUUGAGAUGGAAGGACAGGUGGAACAUGUAGACCUCACAGGAGAUGAGCCUGCUGCUCUGACAGCAGAGCUCACAAUGGCCUCAAACACAGAGCAGAAGAAGAUUGAGGAAAUUCAGUAUGAAGUCACGGAGAGUGAGGUGAAAACAGACAAAGAGAACACAGCAGAAGACGAAGUUCAUGUAGAAGAAGAAGAGGUAAAGGAAGAAAAGGAGGCUUCCCAAAGUGUCCAACCUGAAGAACCACAGUCAGAGAGUCCUGAAGAGCUACCACUGGACAGUGUGGCCAUCAUCAGAGAACUGGUGACGGAGGUCACUGAGGUGGAAACUAUUAUCACACCCACUGUCCCAGCAGGAGAGGAUUCUGAUGUUACCACCUCCAUACCAGCAUCAGACUCUGACCAGCUUUAAAUAUGACAGCAGCUUUACACCAAUGGUACAGAAAGGUGAAGAAGAGGAGGCUUCUGUCAAAACAAGAUCAAGAAGCUAAACCUUAAUUUUUUUUAAUUUUGUCAACAAUAACUCAAACAUUUGAAAUCAUUUUAAUCACAAAGUUGACUUGUGCUGUUGUCCCUCAAUAAACCACCAAAUAAAAUGA